CCCAUGGCUGAAAAGGAAGUGGGUAAAACGGAGCUGUUACAGCCACCAUCGGCAUCUUUAAACGUCGUUUGCGGGGCUGGGCUUGCCAAUGCCGAGCCCGCCCGGGGGAGAGGAGCAGGUUUGCACUUCAAGGGGGUCUCCCUGGCCCCUCAGACACGCUGGAGCCAGGGGCUGUAGACAUUUGCCAGACGUGUGAAGUUUCCUCCAUGCUGGCAGCUGUAAUCUCGGCUAGAUUCCCACUUUGAUGUGCUCUCACACUUGCAAACGAGCCCGCCCGGGACCGGAGCGCACAUAUAUGAGCGCGCCGAGCUCGUAGGUCCCCUAGCUCCUCUCACCAUGAGCCAGGCCCAGCUCCCUUCGGCUGAGAUCAAGCCCCAAGGGGUCAGGCCUCACAUCUGCUGCGCACCUCCUCCACGUCCCCCCACUUCCCUCGGCAGUACCCCACUCGUGGUCAGAGCCGAGCCCCGACGGGGCGGGCCGCAGCCGAGCCAGCCGGAGGACAGCAAGCAUUGCGCAGCCGAGCCCGGCCGAGACAGUCCCCGGGAGCCUACCGACGCGUGCCCGUCGGAGCCAGCCCCCGACAGCGGCUGGCUGAGCGCCGACGAGUCCUCGGGCUACGAAAGCGAGAGCGCAGGAGGGGAGCGCGCGGCUGCGGCGGCUGAGGGGGAGAGCUGCGGGCGGCAGCGGCGGGCGCGGACCGCCUUCACCUCGGACCAGGUCUGCCGUCUGGAGAAGACCUUCCAGCGCCAGAAGUACCUGGGGGCCUCGGAGCGGAGGAAGCUAGCGGCUGCCUUGCAGCUCUCGGAGAUUCAGAUCAAGACCUGGUUUCAGAACAGGAGGAUGAAGCUGAAGAGGCAGAUACAGGACAACCAGCACAGCCUCUUGGCUCCUGCUCCACUGUACAGCUUCCCCCCGGGCACCUCCCCGGCUCUGUUCCAGGAUGGGUUCCUCUACCCCUUUGCUGCUCAGCACCAGAGACUCUUGCCUUUUGCCACGGUACCUGCUGUGCAGUUCGGCUUCCCCUUUCCCAGAUAUGAUGCAUCACAAAGUACCUACCACUUCAUGGCAAAUGAGCUGCCCUGCUACCAUCGACACUUUCUCCCUCAUCCUUCCUUCCAUCCAGUUUUUCAGAACAAAAUGGACAAACAAUGUAAUCCUGUAUAUGCAUUAUAGUGAAAAUGAAAAGGGGCAGGCAAAGGAGAAAAGUGCUGUGAUGUCUAGUGUGCUCAA